UAGAAGAAAUGCCCCUCUCUCUCUCUCACGCGCGCGCGCCCACACACAGACGAACACGCAAAGAGAAGAGAACCACGGAAAGCGUUUAGUAACUGCGAGCAGUGGAAGAGAACCUUAGCUUCAGCUUCACCGGGUUGAUUUUGGAAGCCAGAGAGAGAACCUUAGCUUCAGCUUCACCGGGUUGAUUUGAGGGUGAGAAAGAUGGGGAAGAAGCAGCACAGCAAAGACCGUAUGUUCAUAACCAAAACGGAGUGGGCCACCGAAUGGGGUGGCGCAAAAUCCAAAGAGAAUCGAACCCCCUUCAAACGCCUCCCCUUCUAUUGCUGCGCGCUCACAUUUACGCCCUUCGAGGACCCGGUGUGCACGGCGGAUGGCAGCGUCUUCGACAUUAUGAAUAUAAUUCCGUAUAUCCAAAAGUAUGGGAAGAAUCCUGUAACAGGAGCUUCUCUUAAGCAAGAGGAUCUCAUCCCUCUAACCUUCCACAAGAAUUCCGAUGGAGAGUAUCAUUGCCCUGUGUUAAACAAAGUGUUUACUGAAUUUACACACAUAAUUGCUGUGAAGACUACUGGAAAUGUGUUCUCUUAUGAGGCAAUUAAAGAGUUGAACAUCAAGACCAAGAACUGGAAGGAGCUCCUCACCGACGAACCAUUUACCAAACAAGACCUUAUAACAAUUCAGAAUCCUAACGCACUAGACACCAAGGUUCUGCUGGAUUUUGAUCAUAUUAAAAAUAGUUUGAAACUUGAUGAUGAAGAUUUAAAGAAAAUGAGCUCAGAUCCAAGUUAUAAUAUCAAUGUCACUGGGGAUAUUAAGCAGAUGCUGGAGGAGCUCGGAACUGAAAAAGGAAAGCAAACUGCACUGCAUGGGGGAGGUGGCAGCAAGGCACAAAUGGAAAGGGCUGCUGCACUUACUACAAUUUUAGCUGCAAGAUCACGCAUUAAAGAAGAUUCUAAAUCAAAUUCGAAUGGAGGGGCUCAAGCUCAGGCUUACAGUAUUGUAGAUGCUGCUUCUGCUUCAGUACAUGGAAGAAGUGCCGCUGCUGCAAAAGCUGCAUCAAGUGACAAAACUGCCGCCAAGAUUUCUAUGCACAUGGCUGGUGAGAGGGUACCUGUGAAUGCAAAGAUGGUAAAGAGCCGUUUUACUACUGGUGCUGCUUCAAGAUCCUUCACUUCUACCUCUUUUGACCCUGUCACUGAAAAUGAAUUUGAAUAUAUCAAAGUUGAGAAAAAUCCAAAGAAGAAGGGAUAUAUACAGCUGCAUACAACACAUGGUGAUUUGAAUGUUGAGCUGCACUGUGAUAUUACUCCCAGGGCAUGUGAGAACUUUAUCACUCUCUGUGAACGUGGCUAUUAUAAUGGAGUAGCUUUCCAUAGAAACAUCAGGAAUUUUAUGAUUCAAGGUGGUGAUCCUACUGGUACUGGGAGAGGAGGUGAAUCUAUAUGGGGAAAGCCUUUCAAAGAUGAAUUGAACUCCAAGUUGCUUCACACUGGUAGGGGCGUUGUUAGUAUGGCAAACAGUGGUCCCCACACAAACGGUUCCCAGUUUUUCAUCCUUUACAAGUCUGCAAAUCAUUUAAACUUCAAGCACACGGUUUUUGGUGGGGUCGUUGGUGGCUUGACUACACUGGCAGCAAUGGAAAAGGUUCCUGUUGAUGACGAUGACCGACCUCUGGAGGAGAUUAAGAUUACUAGUGUAACAGUGUUCGUCAAUCCUUAUAAUGAACCUGAGGAGGAAGAGGAAGAGAAGGCCAAAGACGAGAAGAAUGCUGAGGAUGAAGAAAAUGAUAAAAUUGGGUCAUGGUUUAGCAAUCCAGGCACGGGAACAACAGGUUCUGGAACUGUUGGUGGUGGUGUUGGGAAGUACCUGAAAGCAAGAAACGGUCAGGCUGAAUCUGUUGCUGUUGACACUAAUCCAACAGCGAUACCUGUAGCAAAGAAAAGGAAAUUGGGAGUCUCUGCAGGACAAUUCAAAGAUUUUUCUGGUUGGUAAGAAUUCCCAAUAUGGUACCAUGGGUUUUUUCCUAUUUUGAAAAAAGAAAAAAAAAAGAGAGAGAGAAAACAUGGAGCUGUUGUGUAGGCCAUAUUUAUGACAGUUACAUUUCGAGAUUCCAAAAACGAAAGAAGACAAUUAGGCUGUAAGUAACAAGGAGAUGUUUUUUUAUUUAUCAGAAACUGCUUUUUAGUUUUCAUUA